CACUUCCGGCGUGUAGCCCCGCCUUUUCCGGUUUGCUGUUUCCGGCGGUCAUGAUGGCGGCGGUGUCCCCGCGGCUGCGGCCGCUGCUCCGCGCUUUGCGGGCCCAGGAACUCAGGGCCCCGCUUUGGGCCCGAGGCCACAAUGGGUGGCGCGGCCUGGGCACGAAGGCAGCCGCUGUGACCCCAACGUCCCCCAUGGGGCCGGAGAGCCCAUUUAUGGGGCAGGAGAAGACACUUAUGGGGCAAGAGAACCCACUUAUGGGGCAGGAGAGCCCACUUAUGGGGCAGAAACCGCUUAUGGGGCAGCAGAACCCACCUAUGGGGCAGGAGGCCCCACUUACGGCGCAGACCCCACUUAUGGGGCAGGAGGCCCCACUUAUGGGGCAGCAGAGCCCGCUUAUGGGGCAAGAGAGCCCACUUAUGGAGCAGCAGCGCCCCCUGGUGGAGGCCGUUGUGGGGCCGCCGCAGGCAGAGGUGCGGCUGGAGGACUUGGGGCUGGGGGCGCUGAGUCCCGUGGGCUUCGUGCAGAACCUCCUGCAGUUCCUGCACCUGGACCUGGGGCUGCCCUGGUGGGCGGCCAUCGCUGGGUCAGGGGAAGUCAGAGGUCAAAGGUCAAAGGUCUUGACCCCGCCUUUUGGGGGUCAGACCCCCGUGUUCGUGUCUUUCUUCCUGGCCCUGCAGCAGAUGGCGGCCGUUCCCGUCCCGGGGCUGAAAGGGGGCGGAGCCGCUUGGAUCACCGAUCUGAGCAGCCCAGACCCGACCUACGCGCUGCCGCUGCUCACCAGCGCCACCAUGUGGAUGGUCCUGGAGGCGGGGGCGGAGUCAGGCGUCAGCAGCCCCCACGCGGGGGCGGUGCGGGCGGUGCUGCGGGUGCUGCCACUCCUCUUCCUGCCAAUGACCGUGCACUUCCCGGCGGCCAUCUUCGUCUAUUGGCUGACGUCCAACACCUUCAGCCUAUUUCAGACUCUGCUGCUCCGGUUCCCCUCCGUCCGUUCCGCCCUUCGCAUCCCGGCUCCGCCCCCCAGCCCCCCCCCCGGACCCUUCGGGGUCAGCCCCCAAAGAAGGGAUCCUGCAAAAGCUGCGGAAGAGUUUCUAUGUGCACCCGUGGGUCUCUGUAUGGCCGAGGCCCGAGCCACACAGAACGCCGAGAGACGCGAAUGGCAGCGGCGGAACCACUUGAAAAUGGCGGCCAAGGGGCCGCUCCGGCAGACGUUCGCGCAGAAUCCGUUGGCUCCUCCCGCUGCUCCCGCGCCGCCCGCUGCCCCGAAGCGACCCUGGAGAGAAACGUUGGGAUGA